UGACAGAACUGAUACUGAAGCUUGGCCCUCCAUCAGCCGUGCCAGUGACUCCUGCUAUACUGUGGAAUCAGAAUGCCCCUUGGGCUCAGCUAGCUCCAACACGGACACAAGUGUUGUAACGACAGCCAGUAGUAGUAGUUUUAAGAAUAUGGCCACAGGUGCUGCAGGCCAGCAAGCCCAGUACCCCUCUUUGAAAGUUAACAAAAACAUGACAGGAUCUGGGGCAUCCAACACAAUAACUGGCAAUCGAGGCUGGGGAUCAGAUGUGAAGCAAGAUGGUAUGGCUGGUGGCAGAGUGGGCUCGACCAAUAACUGGGGUUCUCCCAAUUUUAACUUAAAUCUCAAUCCCAAUGCCAACCCAUUAGCCUGGCCUGUUUUGGGACAUGAGAGUACUGCUAUACCAACAGGCAUUAAUGGCAAUGGAAACAUAGGAAAUGGAGGCUUAGGAGGAGCAGAUACAGAUGGCAAGAGUUGGGUUGGCAUGAUGAGUCCAAAUGAAAAUGAACAUCAGCACGCUUCAUCGAACACAAACUUGUCUUUCAAAAUGGAACCUGCUAACGUUAACACUGAUGGACCAAACCACACUAAGCAACAACAAGCUCAGGAGCCAAUGAGCCCAAUUCAUGGGAUGCCAGGUUGGGGUGGACAGUCACCCACAGAAUCAUCCCAGCUCAAUGGGGACAUGACAGGCAGUUCUGUGUGGGCGAGUGCAGAUGCCAAAACAGCCGACUCGCCAACAGGUUCAGGCUGGGACUCUACUCCUUCUGGAAGCCUUUCUACCUGGGGCCGCAAAGGCAGUGGCGGUGGGAGUAGUGGAAGUGGUGGCUGGGGUGAAUGGGCAAAGUCAUCUGCAGGUGGAGAUGGCUGUAAAGGGUGGGAUUCAGUCAAUGCUGGCAUUUCUGGUCCCGGCCAAGAGCAGCAGUCUAGCUCAUGGGGGCAACAGUUAGGAGCAGCCCCAGCAAGCGAAGGCAGUGGGGACAGCAAUGAUGGUCGAGCCUGUUGCCGAGAUAGAUCUUCUAGCAUGGAAUUUGCCCCUCUGUUGCCCCGACAGGACCUGGACCCUAGGGUGCUAAGUAAUUCGGGAUGGGGACAAACCCCAAUACGGCAGCACACUGUAUGGGAGAUGGAAGAAGCCAGCUCUGAUGAUGCAAAGAGCAGCAGCAGCUCAGACACCUUGGGAGGGUCCAGUUCCAACAGUGGGUCCUUAUCUACAAAUGGUGGUGGCAUCAUCCCAAACACUGGUCCCAACCAAAGGCCUGGUUCUGGAGGGAAAGGUGAAAGGGAAGCAUCACAGUCCUCCAAUUGGGGAGUUCCCCCUCAUCAGUCAGUACAGAGUGGAUCGGGAUGGGGUGAAACCCCACAGUCACUCAUGAAGGCUCCGAAUGGAUCUGGCAGUGGCUGGGUAGAGCCUUUGUCUACAAAUGGUACUAAAAGUGGGGGACCGCUUUCCUGGGGAUCUGAUGAGAAGUCAUCCAACUGGGAUGAUAGCCAGACAAAAGGCCAGCCUGGUAAUUGGAGAGAAACUCCCAAAAACACCCAAAGCUGGGGCAGCAGUAAUGGGGGAGCUAACAGCUCCAGCACAGGGGAAUGGGGAGAGUCAGAUGUCAAAAUUGAGUCAUCCAGCAGCAUAUGGGAAGGAGAAGGAGGUAAUGUAGGAGGAAGUAGUGGAUGGAAGGAAAGCCCCAGAGGUGGAAAUAGAGGAGGAGGUUGGGGGAAAUCAGUCACUGCUGUUAAUAGUAGCAACUGGGGGGAGACUUCACAUGCCAGUGGCCCAUCACCUGGAAGCUGGGGUUCUACCAAGACCCAGGAAAGUAGCAGCAGCAGCAGUACCGGCAGUGGAGGAGGUGGCAGCAUUGGGUCUUGGGGUGGUCCUAGUUCUGUGAAGCAGAACACCUCUAGCUGGGGCAGUGUCAGUAAUCAAGACCACAAUAUGGAGCCCACUGGCUGGGAAGAGCCCUCUCCAUCUUCCAUUCGCAGGAAGAUGGAAAUUGAUGAUGGAACAUCUACCUGGGGUGAUCCGAGCACUUAUAACAAUACUGUAAACAUGUGGGAUCGCAACAAUCCCAACAGUAACCCAGGCAUCAGUGCCCCACUACCCACUAAGAAUGGUGGAAUGAUUAUUAUAAACAACAACAACCACUCUGUUGGCAUGCAUGCCCAUCCCCAUCAUGGUCAGGUCCCAGGGCACCUGCAGCACCAUGGAAACAAUGGAUCACCCAAUAACAGCACCUCACAUCCAGGUGGAGGCCCCCAGGGUAGACCUUCUGUCGCUAACCCAGGUUGGGGAGAGCUUCCUAGCAUUCAGCCCAAGUCUGAGCCUGCUUGGGGUGAGCCAGCAGCUCCAUCAACUGUUGACAAUGGUACCUCUGCCUGGGGCAAGCCCCCUGGGGGUGUAGGAAGCUGGGGAGAUGUGGGCCAUGAGCCAUCUGGACCCUAUGGCAGGGCCAGUGGGCCCACAGGAUCUACACCGUGCAAGCCAGGCCUCAAACCUAUGCAAGAUGGCUGGGGAAGUGGAGGGGAGGACAUGGGCAUGUCUACCGGCCAAUGGGACGCUGAGAAUGGGGACAUGUGGAACAGCCCCACCUCCCAGGAAAGCACCUCAUCCUGCAAUUCUUGGGGGAAUGGAAUCAAGAAGGGCCCAAGUAAGGGCAAGAUGGGUAACAAACCUGAUGAGGCCUGGAUCAUGAAUCGUCUAAUCAAGCAGCUCACUGACAUGGGCUUUCCGAGAGACCCUGCUGAGGAGGCUUUGAAGAGCAACAAUAUGAACCUUGACCAGGCCAUGAGUGCCCUGCUGGAGAAGAAAACAGACCUGGACAAGCGGGGAAUAAGCAUGUCUGAUUACACAAAUGGGAUGAAUAAGCCCUUGGUGUGUCGGCCCUCUGUACUCUCCAAAGACGCCUCCGACUGCAACACCUUUCUUGACAAGGAUGGUGUUCUGUCAGAUGAAACCUCCUCAUCACCAUUUCUGCCUUCCUCUGGAUUGAAGCUCCCCCUGGCCAACAGUAGCCUUCCUGGGCAGGGUCUGGGGCAGGGCAACCCGGGGCUGGCCAUGCAAAACUUGAACAGACAGAUCCCCAGUGGAAUGUUCGGCAGUAGUGGAGCAGCACAAACCCGGGCCAUGCAGCAGCAGCCUCCUCAGCCACCAGUGCCACCUCUCAGCUCCUCCCAGCCUAAUCUACGUGCUCAAGUGCCUCAGUUUCUCUCCCCUCAGGUCCAAGCACAGCUCUUGCAGUUUGCAGCAAAAAACAUUGGUCUGAAUCCCGCACUUUUAACCUCGCCAAUAAACCCUCAACAAAUGACCCUGUUGUACCAACUUCAGCAACUGCAAAUGGCGUACCAGCGUUUACAAAUCCAGCAGCAAAUGAUGCAGGCGCAACGUAAUGUUUCCGGCCCCAUUAGACAACAAGAGCAGCAAGUUGCACGUACAAUCACAAACAUGCAGCAGCAGAUCCAGCAGCACCAGCGGCAGCUCUACCAGGCGCUGUUGAUGAAGCAGCAGCAAGUUCCCUCUCAUUCCUCCUCUUCUUCAUCCUCUUCUGCUGGUCUGCAUGCUCCCAGUGGCCCUGCCGGAGGCCCCAGCUCCAGCAAAUCAACCCUGGACCCCUUCACAGGUCCCCAUCAGGCUCCGGGCCUCGCAGAUACACUGCACACCAAAGACCCGCCGUCUUCGCCCAAUUCGUACAGCACCUAUCCUCUUUCUGGACUGAAUCCAAACAUGAAUGUAAACUGCAUGGAAGUUGGUGGUCUGUCCCUAAAGGAGCCCCCUCAGCCUCAGUCUCGCUUGUCCCAGUGGACACACUCCAAUUCCAUGGGCAACCUCCCUGGCAACUCGUCCAACAUGGACAACAACCUCAAUAAGCACAAGUUCUGCCCGGGUGUGCCGUGGAAGGGCCUCCAGAACAUUGACCCUGAGAAUGACCCCAACAUGACCCCUGGCAGCGUCCCCAGUGGCCCCACUAUUAACACAAACAUCCAUGAUGUCAACAGAUACCUUCUGCGGGACAGAAAUGGAGGUAAACUCUCUGACAUAAAGUCCACCUGGUCCCCAGGACCCAUCUCUCAGAGUCAAGUUUCUUUGUCCCAUGAGCUAUGGAAGGUCCCCCAGGGGCCACGCAGCACCAUGGCACCUUCCCGGCCCCCCCCAGGUCUCACCAAUACCAAGCCUUCCUCUACCUGGGGUGGCAACUCGCUUGGUCUGGCCCACGGCUGGAGCGGCUCCUAUUCUUCAGAGGGUACCACCUGGAGUACAGACAGCUCCAACAGAACCACCAGCUGGCUGGUGCUGAGGAAUCUCACUCCACAAAUUGAUGGUUCGACUCUGCGGACCUUGUGCAUGCAGCACGGCCCCCUGAUCACAUUCCAUCUAAACCUGACCCAGGGUAACGCCGUGGUACGCUACAGCUCCAAGGAUGAGGCCGCCAAGGCUCAGAAGUCUCUGCACAUGUGUGUGCUUGGGAACACCACCAUCCUGGCGGAGUUUGCUGGCGAGGAGGAGGUGAAUCGCUUCUUUGCACAAGGCCAGUCGCUAGGGGUGACUACCACUAGCUGGCAGGCUAAUCCAGGAACCAAUCAAAACCGUAUUAGCGUAACCGCACAGACACACUCAGUUGGCCAGUGGAGCAGCGGUGGUGGCGGCAGUGGAGGAGGAAAAGCCAGCGGAGGGGACCUGCUGUGGAGCGGCGUGCCCCAGUAUUCCAGUCUGUGGGGACCCCCGAGCAGAGAGGACACCCGUGUAAUCGGCAGCCCAACCCCCAUUAACACCCUGCUUCCUGGAGACCUGCUGAGCGGAGAGUCCAUGUAGGAGGACUCCUCACUACACCAACCACCAACCUACUACCACCACAUCGCGGAGGAUUGGCUGCGAAAAAAAUAAACAGGAUCAAAACACGAGCAAAUCAUGUGGCGAUAAUCAGUAUCACUUUAAAUUGCUUUUAACUGUGAAUGGUGGAUCAGAAACCUGGAACCCCGACCACACAGACUGCAGGUUCCAGUUCUUCCGUUUCGCUCUUGAACUUCUAUUUUGUUUUGUUUUCUUUGGAAUUAUUGAAACGGACCCUACAAAACAAAAGUGAUAUGAGACACAACACAACGAAAGCUUUUCAAGUGUUCUUAGUUUUAUGUUCUUUAAGUAUCCAUGACGUUCUGCGCGAAGUGUUUCAAGGAGAAGCAAUCAAAGCUGCCACCUGACACCCCCCCCCCCCCCCCCCCCCAAAAAAAGAGGAAAAAAAAAAAAUCCCAACAUAAGAGUGAACAUUCCCAGCACGUCCAGUGGCCAAUGAUGUUGUUCAGUGACCUUUACUAGCUAUGUUAACAUUUGUUUUUCAGCACUAAAAUUAGCCUUAAGUGCUCACUGGCCCAGGUCCUUUCCAAGCCGCCUUUUAAAAA